UCGAAGCCUAACAAGAUGUAUACUAUACUAUUUCCAAAAUCCUCAGGACAUUUGUUUACAUGGGCUGGGAACGGCAAACGUGGCCCAACCCAACCAACCGAAGCCGAGUACCAGAAGUUGAUAAGCGCGAAGCAUAAGCAUUCAGCAGGGUCGGGAGAAGCAACAGCUAUGCCUAUGGAAGCUCUUUGUCCCUCACUGGCAGUGCCCACCAUUUCUUUUGGAAUCAACAACUCUCACAAAUCACUGCCCUAUCUUGCUUCCCUAAACACUAAAAUCAGCUUUCCCAUUGCUGUUCAGAACCACUUCAACCUUUCCUUAUCCAAUUCUUGUAUUUCUUCAUCUAAAACUGAAAUUGCAACCUUAGCUUCCUUUGUUUCUUCUUCAACAGCUAAGGGCAACUACUGGGUGGUGCUAAUGGCUAAGCCUCCAGAAGGGUUCACUUCCAAACCCCAAAUCAUUGAUUACUAUGUCAAUACUUUGGGAACAGUUUUGGGCUCUGAAAAAGAUGCUCAGAUGUGUAUAUACGACGCUUCUUGUGAUACCUACUUUGGCUUCUGCUGCCAUAUUGAUGAACAAGCCUCCCGUGAACUUGCUCGUUUACCUGAGGUUUUAUCGGUUAAGCCAGACCCAAAUUACAAUUCUAAGCAAAAAGAUUACACUGCUUCAAACAUUGAAUUUAUUGCUAACAUAGGGAAUUUGCAGUUGUUUCCUGCUGGGAACACCAAACACUGGCUUGUUCGAAUGGACAAGCCUGGAAUUGGGGUUGUCACAAAAGCACAAAUGGUUGAUUAUUAUACUCAAAUACUGACCAAAGUUUUGGGAAAUGAGAAGGAUGCUCAAAUGUGCAUAUAUCAUGUAUCUUGGCAAUCCCAAUUUGGUUUCUGUUGUGAACUUGAUGAGGAAAGUGCAAAUGAAUUAGCCGGUGUGCCUGGAGUUUUAUCUGUUGAACUAGAUAAGAAUUUUGAGUCAGAGAAUAAAGACUAUGGAGGUAAUAAUCUACAAAAUUCUACGAGUGCUAGUGAAACGACCUCCAUAAGAACUAAGAAACUUUUCAUAACAGGCCUAUCAUUUUACACUUCUGAGAAAACAUUACGUUCACAUUUUGAAGGUUUUGGUGAGCUUGUUGAAGUUAAAAUCAUAAUGGACAAGAUCUCUAAAAGAUCUAAAGGGUAUGCAUUCGUGGAAUACACCACAGAGGAGGCUGCCAGUGCUGCACUCAAGGAGAUGAAUGGCAAGAUCAUAAAUGGGUGGAUGAUAGUUGUUGACGUUGCCAAGACUAAACCGCAGAACUUCAGCGGAAGUCGUCCAAGACCGACAGUCCAACGAGAAUGAGAAGGAAGUUGAAGCAAAUACCCUUUUGGGAAUCGGCAACAAUUUUGCAGAAAGGACUACCAAAAUUUGGUACAUUAAAAUUACUAGAAAUGAUCAAUAUGUAUAUAUAUAAUUGACUUGGUAAAUGGUAAAUCCAUGUUCAACCUUGUUAGCUACCGUAAUUCGUCCAUUAUUUUCUAAUUAAGUCUAAUUCUUCCA